AAUCUGCGCCAUCGCCGAUGCUUAGACCUUCAUUCCUUCACUGAUGGAGGACUAACCAAGAACAUCUGCAAGCGCUUUCUAGGGUUUCAAUCCAGCAAGGGUUUAUUUUCUCCGCAUUUUUGCUUUCUUUCGUUGGUCCGCGACGAACUAUUUCAUACAUAUUUCUGUUUCGGAAUCUUAACUUUAUUGUCUAAAGCUUGUUGCAUUGCAAAAGACAGUAGCUUUAUCUGAUCGGUGUGGUCAAAAUUGGAUCUUGGAUACCCUGUGCUUGCUUACCUCUUUCCUCCCAACUGGUUUUGGCGUUGGGUUUUUCUUUUACUUUAACCUGGUCUGAGGCCCUUGGAUGCCGUGUGUCUUUUUUAGCCAUCGUAGCCUGUUCAGAUGACGACCGUUCAAUCUUCCCUCUUGUAUUUUUUCAAUCAGUCUGCUUUCGGUGAUUCAAAUGUUCACACUUGAAGGUAGAGAAAGAUUGCUAAAUCUUGUUGAAUGUGCCAUUUUUAUAUGUCCCGUUAAUCACGGCUGCUCCAAGUUGAGUCACAGGAGACUGAUCGUUGAGAGAGUUGGAGAAGUUGCUUUGUUGAGAUGGAAGGGGUGGAAGAAGCUACACGGGCGGCCGUGGAGAAUUGCCACAGAGUGUUGAGCUUACUGACUGAGAGCCAAGAUCAUCCCUUAGCUUGCAAAAAUCUAAUGGCGGAGACGGGGGAGGCUGUUUCUAGCUUUAAGAAGGUUGUUUCCGUGCUCAGUAAUGGUGUGGGUCAUGCAAAAUUUAGGAGGCCCAAGAAUCCUCAACAGCUCCAAUUUAAUCAUAGUAUUUUCUUAGAUCGCACAGUAGUACCUAGACCUGACCUUUCUCCACUAUUGCUCCAACUCCUUCCAAGAGACCUACCACAAAAUCCAGUCAUUGGCUUGAGCUCCUCUUCCAAACUUGCUUCACCAAUCCCCUCCAGAAUGCUUCUUGAUAACCCUAGAGUGGAAAUGGAGACUGCUUCCAAAAGCAAUGUUCAAGUUGCUCUCAGCAACCAUUUGCCUGCCCAUCUUCAUUUCCUCCAUCAGCACCACAACAGCCAAUUGUUUCAGCUUAAGCAACAGCUCAAGCUCCACAAUGGAAUGUAUGGGAGGAGCAAUAACUCGAGUUGCACAGGGACUGUGUCGUCUUCGAGGUCCUUCCUGUCAUCCCUGAGCAUGGAUGGAAGCAUGGGUGGGAAUGGCCUUAAUCUGAUUCGUGGAUCAGAGUCGGUCAAUCCGAUAAACUGGCACCUACCCAACAGGAAGAGGUGCACUGGUGGAGGUGAUGAAGGGAAUGGCAAAUGUGUAAAAGCAAGCAGGUGCCACUGUUCAAAGAAGAGGAAAUUGAGAGUGAGGAGAUCCAUUAAGGUUCCAGCUAUAAGCAACAAGGUUGCAGAUAUCCCUUCUGAUGACUACUCUUGGAGGAAGUAUGGGCAAAAACCAAUCAAGGGAUCUCCGCAUCCUAGAGGAUACUACAAAUGCAGCAGUGUGCGAGGAUGCCCGGCGAGAAAGCAUGUAGAGAGGUGUGUUGAAGAUCCAACAAUGCUGAUUGUGACAUAUGAAGGAGAACAUAACCAUGCCAAGUUAUUGACUCAAUCUGCUCACACAUAGAUGUGGUUCAAAGUGGCAUUAGCACUAGUUGAAACGUUAUUUUCAUUCACUAGAAGCCACGAGCAGCUUGUCCUGUAAAUACUCCUGUUCAAGAAAAACAAAACAGGGUAUACUUAUUAGAUGGUUUAACUUUUAGAAUUCCAUGAGAUAGUCGAGGAAUGCGCAUUAGGAGGGGCACAAAGGAAUGUUUUCAGUUGGUAGCAAGAAAAAUUAUUGACGAUGGGGUAAUCUUGUAACCUUUCUAUUUGCUCCAA